AUGGUACAUGUGGUAUCUAAUGAAUUGACGGUACCGAACCCGUCGAGGCUCGCGUGGAUUCAUACGUGCUAUCACACUUUCCCCGAAGUCGAAGGAUGGCGGACCAAUGACCAUUACAGACGCCACCCGACACAUUCAAAUCUUUUUACAUUCCGAGGCCGAGGUGACGACGUGCUAGUGCUGUCCAACAGGGAGAAGUUCCAACCCGUCAUCACGGAGAGCAUAAUCCAAGGUCAUCCGAGUAUAGAAGGAGCACUUGUCGUAGGGACUGGUCGGUUUCAGCCUGCCCUCGUUAUCGAACCAAAAGUGCAUCCAGCGGAUGCAGAGGCGUUCAUUGAAGAGAUCUGGCCGAUCGUGCAAAGAGCCAACCAGGAAGCCGCAGCCCACGGUAAGAUUUUCAGAGGCAAAAUCAUAUUGACAACGCCUGAUAAGCCAUUUAUCAGAGCUGGAAAGGGCAGCGUCACCCGGCCCAAGUCCACAGCUUUGUACGCUGAUGAGAUCGAGGCGUUGUUUAGUGACUCGGUCGGGGAUAAGGAGCUCGGAGUUCUGUCGCCGGAACAGGUGCAAGAUACGGCAGCUCUCAAGGCGUCACUGGGUGCUUACGUUCGCUCGAUCCUGCCGGAUUUGCCAGAAGGCGCGGAUGGCGACAAAGACGACCUUUUUGCUCACGGGCUUGAUUCUGUCCAGACUAUCGAGCUUGCUAGUGGAUUGCGCGCUAUGUUGCAUCCGCAUCUGAACCCGUCGGAUCUGAGCACGGUAGCGGCGAAGGCGAUUUACACAAUUUCAACUGUUGAUAGUCUUGCAGAGUACAUCAAGGGCCUACUGGGGAUGACGACUGGUACUGGUGGUGACGUGGCGAUGAAGCGAGCAGCUCGCAUGAGCGCCAUGCUGGACAAGUAUAGCACAGGUCUCCCAAAGGCGAAGAAUAGUGCUAUGCAAACGAAAGGUGCUGCUCAUACGAAUGGGAUCUCGCGCGCCAACGGUGUCGCUCACAUAAAUGGUACAAGCCCUAUGCUCUGCGUCGUCUUGACGGGCUCCACCGGCUCGCUAGGGACCCAGCUGCUGCAACCUCUUAUAAUUGACCCUCAAGUCUCAAAGGUGGUCUGUCUGAAUUGUGCGGACAAUGCUCUGCAGCGGACACAGGACGCAUUCGCUCAAAGGACCGUGAAGGUUGACCUUUCCAAGGCCGAGUUCCACAAAGCGCAAUUUGCGGAUGUGAGUUUCGGUCUAUCUACUGAGGCUUAUGACACGCUGAGGGAUGAGGGGGACGUUGUUAUUCAUAAUGCUUGGACAAUCAAUUCCAAUCAAUCGCUCGAGUCUUUUGAAGAUCACAUCCGCGGCGCCCGCAACUUCAUCGACUUGAACAACUCAAUCCCCAGGCGCCCUCGUAUCACCUUCGCUCUUCCAUCUCUUCCAUCGCCAACCAUUCCGGCUGCUACCCUAACGCCACUUUUAUCCCUGAAUAAUCACUCACCUCAACCGACUACGCCGUCGCCCUCCCCAUGGGCCCUCGCCGCCGAAAGGUCCGGCGUCAAAGUCGACAUACUCCGUCUCGGACAGGUCGCUGGCCCUAUCGCACCGCAUGAGGGGUGUUGGAAUAGGAACGAAUGGUUUCCAAGGUUGAUUCAAACAAGCAAGGCAUUGGGGUAUCUGCCGGAUAAGCUGAUGGAAGUCGAAUGGAUCCCUGCAGAUGUGUUGGCGAGGAUUAUUCGAGACCUGGCGCAUCAGGAUCAUGAAGGAAUUCAGACGUAUAAUCUCAUCAACCCACACAGCCGCGAUUGGAAAACCCUGGUCCCUUUCGUUCAGAGAAUGAUUGGAGGAGAAGUGGUGCCGUUGAAGGAAUGGAUUGUACGAUCGAGGGCGGUCGAUGCGGAUGACAAAGCAGAGGUGGCGGGGAAGCCUGCGUUGAAGAUUCUGGAUUGGUUCGGUGAUGUCGAGGCGGGUUGUCGGCGGGGGAGGAGGGACGUAAAUAGGCUACGGCGGAUGGGAGGGAGGCGGGUGAGACGAUGA